AUGGAUAUGAAUGACAAAUAUUCAAAUUCAGAAGUUGAUGAUAUAAAUCUAAGUCUUAACUCCCUGGCUUUAAGUGAUGUUCCCAGUUGUAUUAUAAUUAAAACAAAUUUUAUUUAUGGCAAUAGAAAAUCCGCUUUUAAGGCGGUAUUCAAAGAAUAUUCCAAGAAGACAUCAGUACAUGGAUUAAAUUAUAUUUUUGAAAUUCAUCGACCAAUUUAUGAAAAAUUAUACUGGAUUAUUGCCCUAUUAGUGUCACAAUAUUUGGCUAUAUACUAUAUGUGGGAAACCUAUGAUAAAUGGUCAAAUACUCCGGUUAUUUUAGGAUUUGAUGAGACCCUUGUGGAUAUUAGUACAAUACCAUUUCCAGCUAUUACCAUAUGUCCGGAAAAUAAAAGAGAUAUGACAAAUUCACAGUUUCCGGAGACGUCAACAUUAAUAUGGUCUGAAAUUGUGGAAUAUGGAGAUUUUCAAAACAGAUUAAAUAUCAGUGAAAAGCAAGAACAUCGUUUCCUUUCGACUUUGCAAACAUGUGAUCAAGAAGUUAUCGCUAGAUUUGCUCCCUAUAUAAAGAAUAAUAUAAAUAUGAACGUGGCACAAACUCUAUUAGAUAUAGUUCACGAUACCAACACCACAAUAACAGCCUGUGAAUGGAAGACUGUUCUGGAUUUCUCUUGUAGAAUUCUAAAAAAAAUGAUCACAGAAGAGGGUGUAUGUUUUCAAUUUAACGGUUUGAGACAUCAAGACAUGUAUAAGAAAAUAGAAUAUAUUAACUAUAAGGAUGAACUAGAAAACGAUAUUAAUGUUACCGGAAGUUGGUCUUUAGAUGACGGUUACCAGGGUCAAGGUUAUAAUGCAUAUCCUCUAAGAUCCAUUUUGCCAUCAGUUCGUAAUGGGUUUCGUCUCGAAUUAGCAACAUUUGGUAAACAUAUUGAUUAUCUAUGUGGAACUUAUAAACAAGGAUAUAAGGUCUUUUUGAACUCUCCCGAUAGCAUAGCUCUAACCAGGGGCAAUUAUAUUUUGGUUCCUAAAUCUAAAGAUGUAAUGAUAACAGUUGUACCACAAUUCAUAAAGUCACAAGAUAAUUUAAUGGAUUAUCCAGUCGAAAAGAGACAAUGUUACUUCAAUAAAGAGCGAAAUUUGCGUUUCUUUAAAUUCUAUACACAAAAUAAUUGUCAAACUGAAUGUUUAACUAACUAUACUAUAGCGAAAUGUGGUUGUGCCCGAUUUUGGAUGCCCAGACCCUUAGAUGUUCCGAUUUGUGAUCUCACUAAAUUAACCUGUUACACUAAUGCCGCCCAUGAUCUCGAACUAUUAAUAGCAAAUCAAACCGCUCGCAAAACUAAAGAUCACAAAGUACAAAUAAUAUGUGAUUGCAUACCGGCCUGUAACUCUCUGGAAUAUAAUUUCGAAAUUACACAAGGAAAUUUAGAUGCAAAUGCUACACUUAAGGCUUAUCGUCUAUUUGAUCAUAAUGAGGAUAUUUCCCUAUCUCGUCUAAUAGUUCACUAUAAGGAAUCACAAUUUACUGCCAUUAAACGUACUGCUAUUUACGAUUACACCCAAUUAAUUGCCAACUGUGGUGCUAUAUUUGGACUAUUUAUGGGCGCGAUUAUUGAUUCAAAAGAAAGUAGAUGA